AUGCUGCAUCAACAGCAUCAGCAGUUGCACAAAGAAAAGCUUGAACUUGGUGAUUUUUGUCGAGAUGGAUGCCGAUCACGUAACCAGAGUUUUUAUUACAUUUCCACCGGCACAAAGACCUGGGAGCAAAGUCGACAGAACUGCAGAGACAAAGGGGGAGAUCUGAUCAUCAUUGACAGCAGAGAGGAGCAGGAAUUUCUCAAUUCUCUGAAUCAGUACUACUGGAUUGGUCUGAGUGGCAUAGAUGAGGCGGGAAUGUGGAAAUGGGUGGACGGCUCCGUUUUAAAUAUUUCAAAGAUAUGGUCCCAGCUUUCCGCCAUUUUGGAAAAGUUGAUGGUUCUGGCUGUGGAGGAGAUAAAAGAGCUGGUUUUGGAUCUGUGCGAAGAGAUUAGCCACGAACAAACAACCAAAACCACUGAUGCAAGCGAAGCUACCAGAAAGGACGAAGGGGACAGCGUUUUCCACACGACUGACACAUUUUUCCCAGAGCCACAAGACGGACAUGAUGAUCAGGAUGAUCCUCAAGAACGGGUCAGCCAACCUUGCAGCAUGGAAGAUGAAAAAGAGAGUCAAAAUUACAUGAAGUUCCCAAAUGCAUUUUCUAACAGUUCUCAGGAGGCCAUGCCAGACAACUGCAAGUUUGAAGUUGCAAGCACAGUUUCCAAAAAUCCCUCGCCCCACAGACGGGAAGAAGAUUGCAGUCGCGAUGGGUCCAGGCAGUCCAGCUUCGAGCCAGAGGACACCAAAAGCCAUCUUCCCAAUUACAACUUUCCCGACGAAACCCAGUGCUCAUCAUACGACGACGCUGCUCCCACAAACCAAGACCACAGUCGCGAUGUUGUGUUUCAAAUCAAACAAGAGGAAGAAACUCCAGGCUUUGAGACAGGAGAUUGCACAAGAUUUCAAAUGCAGACAGGUCAAAAGCCGACAGAAGCUCCUCCUCCUGCCCAGGAAUCCUUUUCGCUCAAUCCAUCUUAUUACUACUCCUCGCUUAAUGCGGCUUCUUUGGGCUUCCCUAGGCCUAUGCAAUUGAACCCUUUUGCUCAUACAAACUGGAACAAACCAAACUACUCUCAGGCCUCACCUCAAACCAACAAAGUGUUAUUCAAAUGUGAAUUUUGUGACAAGACGUACCGCUUCCCGAGUCUCUUGAAAGCGCACAACAUGAAGCACACGCAGGAGAAGCUACUGGCCUGUCGAUACUGUGGAAAACUCUUUAAAUGGGACUACAGUCUGCGCCGGCACGAGAGGCUGUACUGCGGAAACUUUUUGCAGUGA